AUGUGGGCGAUUCCAGGGGUCCAGGAGGCGCGCUGCUGCUGCUGCUGGGGGUGGCAGGCCCAGGGGCCGCGAGCCACAUCAUGCCUAUCCCUGACUCCUCCCCAUUCCCCCUCCCCCACUUCUUGCUCUCCUCUUACCACUUCUUACUCUCCUCUUACAACUUCUUACUCUCCUCUUACCACUUCUUACUCUCCUCUUACCACUUCUUACUCUCCUCUUACCACAUCUUGCUCUCCUCUUACCACUUCUUACUCUCCUCUUACCACUUCUUACUCUCCUCUUACCACUUCUUACUCUCCUCUUACCACUUCUUACUCUCCUCUUACCACUUCUUGCUCUCCUCUUACCACUUCUUACUCUCCUCUUACCACUUCUUGCUCUCCUCUUACCACUUCUUACUCUCCUCUUACAACUUCUUACUCUCCUCAUACCACUUCUUACUCUCCUCUUACCACUUCUUACUCUCCUCUUACCACUUCUUACUCUCCUCUUACCACUUCUUACUCUCCUCUUACCACUUCUUACCUCCUUCCCUCCCCUUACCCAUCCCCCUGCCGCUUUAACUCUCCCUUCCCUCUUCCCCUUAUCCUCCCUCCCCUCCUCCUCCCCGCUCUCCAGCCAGACCCCUCCCAGUCUGUCCCUGACUGCUCGCCACUCACAUACACACCUCCCCUUCCUUCUCCCCUCCAGCUCCCCCUUCCCCUUUCCCUUCCCCUUCCCCCCACACACCCCCCCUCCGCGCUCACCUGCCAGGCCCUUCCCCAUCCGUCCCUGACUAUUCGCCCCCAUCCUCAUGCACCUCCGCUUCCCCCUCCCCCCGCUCUUCCCCUUCCCUCCCCAUUCCCCUCUCCCUCUCCCCCUCCCCCAUGCUCACCUGCCAGGCCCCUCCCCGUCCGUCCCUGA